GUUUGACGCAUUUGCCCCCAGAUGCGGCCGUCCUGCGACUAGUUCGUAGUGUUUCCCGCUACGUAUCGCUUCCGAAUCAUUAAAUGAACGGCAUUUUUCCAAAUUAUCGUCGUUAAAAACCAACAUUCCGUAGUUUUAGCUAAGAAUUUCGCGCACCCAGCACCAUGUCCAAAGUGGAAGAAGGCGGUGAAACCGCUGACACUGGUGAGAAUUCGAAUGCCUCGUCUUCGGACACCCUCUCGUCGCGUGGGAAGGGCGAAGACUUCGAGACCAAACUCGAAACGGACCGCAGCCGCCGUUUCGAUUACCUGCUCAAACAAACCGAGAUUUUCUCCCACUUUAUGAACCAAAACAAAACGCCUUCGAAACCGAAAUCGGGCCGUCCCAAGAAAAUCAAGGAAGACCCAGUGGCGGACCACCGCCACCGCAAGACCGAGCAGGAAGAAGAUGAAGAACUGCUGGCCGAAAGCAAUGCCAAGGCCAAACCGACGAUUCGGUUCGAAGCCUCGCCGCCUUUCAUCAAGAACGGGGAAAUGAGGGACUACCAAAUCCGGGGGCUGAACUGGAUGGUGUCUUUGUACGAAAACGGGAUCAAUGGGAUCUUGGCCGACGAAAUGGGGCUCGGGAAGACGCUCCAGACCAUUUCCUUGCUAGGUUUCAUGAAACAUUAUAAAAACACGCCGUCUCCUCACAUUGUGAUUGUCCCCAAGUCGACUCUAGCCAAUUGGAUGAACGAAUUCAAGAAGUGGUGUCCCAGCAUCCGCGCUGUGUGUCUCAUUGGGGACCAAGAGGCCAGGAAUGCUUUCAUUCGGGACGUGAUGAUGCCAGGCGAUUGGGACGUCUGUGUGACUUCGUACGAAAUGGUUAUCAAAGAAAAAUCAGUUUUUAAGAAAUUCAACUGGCGCUACAUGGUAAUAGACGAAGCUCAUCGUAUUAAAAACGAGAAAUCGAAAUUAUCGGAGAUUCUCCGUGAGUUUAAAACAACAAAUCGUCUCUUACUCACCGGUACCCCCUUACAAAAUAAUUUACACGAACUUUGGGCCCUCCUUAACUUUUUACUCCCUGAUGUUUUUAACUCUGCUGAUGAUUUCGACGCUUGGUUUAACACAAACCAGUGUUUGGGUGAUAACCAGUUAGUCGAACGCUUGCACGCUGUCUUGAAGCCGUUUCUAUUGAGACGUCUCAAAUCCGAGGUCGAGAAAAAAUUAAAACCGAAAAAAGAACUCAAAGUUUACGUCGGUUUGAGCAAAAUGCAGCGCGAGUGGUAUACUAAAGUCCUGAUGAAGGAUAUUGAUGUGGUAAACGGGGCCGGUAAAGUAGAAAAAAUGAGACUACAGAACAUUCUCAUGCAAUUGCGUAAGUGUUCAAACCACCCUUAUUUGUUCGAUGGGGCUGAGCCUGGGCCCCCGUACACCACCGACGAACAUUUAGUCUACAAUUGCGGGAAAAUGGUGCUUUUGGACAAGCUUCUGCCCAAAUUAAAAGAGCAGGACUCGAGGGUUUUGAUUUUUUCACAAAUGACACGAAUGUUGGACAUUUUGGAGGAUUACUGCCACUGGAGACAGUACAAUUAUUGUAGAUUGGACGGACAGACGCCGCACGAGGACCGGCAACGCCAAAUCAACGAAUAUAAUGAGCCAAAUAGCUCAAAAUUUAUUUUUAUGUUGUCGACGAGAGCCGGAGGUUUGGGUAUUAAUUUAGCAACAGCAGACGUUGUCAUCAUCUACGAUUCGGAUUGGAACCCGCAAAUGGACCUCCAAGCCAUGGACAGAGCGCACAGGAUCGGCCAAAAGAAACAAGUUCGUGUGUUCAGACUUAUCACCGAAAAUACAGUCGAGGAAAAAAUCGUAGAACGGGCCGAAGUCAAGCUGAGGCUAGACAAGUUAGUGAUACAACAAGGGCGUCUAAUCGACAACAAAUCGCAGUCUUUGAACAAAGACGAGAUGUUGAACAUGAUCCGGCACGGGGCCAAUCAUGUCUUCGCAUCGAAAGACUCGGAAAUCACCGAUGAAGACAUCGACACUAUCUUACAAAAAGGCGAAGCAAAGACAGCGGAACUGGCCCAAAAACUCGAAGCUCUCGGCGAGUCAUCCUUGCGCAACUUCACUGUGGACACGCCAACAGAGUCCGUUUACAAGUUCGAAGGCGAGGAUUAUCGCGAAAAGCAGAAAAACAUCGGUUUGAACACCUGGAUCGAGCCUCCGAAGCGUGAAAGAAAGGCCAAUUAUGCCGUCGAUGCCUACUUCAGGGAAGCUUUACGUGUUUCUGAGCCCAAAGCGCCGAAAGCACCACGUCCUCCUAAACAACCUAUCGUACAAGAUUUCCAGUUUUUCCCUCCCAGACUUUUCGAGCUUCUUGACCAAGAAAUUUACUACUAUCGCAAAACUUUGGGUUACAAAGUCCCCAAAAAUUUGGAGUUGGGGCCGGAGGCCGCCAAGCAACAGCGAGAGGAACAGCGGAAGAUUGACGAGUCUGAGAUGUUGACUGAGGAGGAACAGCAGGAGAAAGAAGCCUUGCUCACCCAAGGUUUCACCAAUUGGAGCAAGCGUGACUUUAACCAGUUUAUCAAAGCGAACGAGAAAUAUGGAAGGGAUGAUAUUGAAAACAUCGCCAAGGAAGUUGAAGGGAAAACUCCCGAAGAAGUGAUGGAGUAUUCGGCAGUGUUUUGGGAGCGGUGUCACGAAUUACAAGACAUUGACCGCAUCAUGGCACAAAUCGAGAGAGGAGAAACGAAAAUACAACGCCGUGCUAGCAUUAAAAAAGCCUUAGAUGCGAAAAUGGCCCGAUACCGGGCACCGUUCCAUCAACUCCGAAUUGCCUACGGCACUAAUAAAGGCAAAAAUUAUAUGGAAGAUGAGGAUCGCUUCUUGGUUUGUAUGUUACACAGACUGGGGUUCGAUCGAGAGAACGUUUACGAAGAGUUGAGGGCUGCGGUCAGGGCUUCGCCCCAGUUUAGAUUCGAUUGGUUCUUGAAGUCUCGAACAGCAAUGGAGUUGCAAAGACGUUGCAAUACUCUCAUCACGUUAAUCGAGCGCGAAAACGCGGAAUUGGAAGAAAAGGAACGGAAUGAACGGAAGAAGAAAGUGUCCAAGUCCAAUGCAAUAUCAGGGACACCGACUCAAGUGUCGUCAAAGAGUGGGCAAAAACGUAAGAAUGACAGUACUGGCGGUGCGGUGGAGAAAAAGAAGAAGAAGAAAUGAGAAUUACUGUACUUUUAGGUUCUCUCUUCAGUUUAAUUAAUUUUUGUAUUGCGUGAAAGCUUCGUGUGAAUGUUUGGUAUUUAUUACUUGAUGUAUUUGCAACCUCAAUAAAUUUAGGUACACCACUCAAA